AUGCCUUUCCCGGUCGAGGACUUGUUACCUAUUGCCCCUAAAAUCAUACCCCUUCUUGUUGAAAGGGAUGAAAAUUUAGUAUCUUCAGAUGCCCUUGAAGAUCUUUCCGAUAUUUUGCCCCAAAACAUGUACCUUUUGAUUAAAAAAAUAGUGGAAGACAAGACUUUUGCGAUAGAUAAAGAUAAUGGUGCUUUUGAGGAUCUUUAUGAGGCAUUUGCAUGUCAAGACUACGGCUUGUUGAUACAAAAAGCUUCAAAGCUCGACAUUCUUUUCGCUACCUUAAUAGCUAAGAUGCUUCUGGCUUCUGGACAUCUGUUAGGCCUGGAGAAAGUGUAUGUGCCUGAUUUUGUUACAUUAUUUAGAAACGGGAUUUCAAUUAUCGAUGGCCUAUUAUUUCAAUGUAUCCGGUCUCUUACUUCGUCUGCAAGUCCACUAGCAUGGCCGUGGGCCUUUACGCUUGUGCCCGAAAUGUCGGAUCCCAAAUUGGUUGGAUCUGCUAUCCAAGUACUUCGAGAGUUUCUUGAGAAACUAUUAACGUUUUCAGACGCCUCGUUUAUCCCAAUACUACUGCCUUUAGUGUUUCAUGUAGAUAGAACUACCAACAAAAAAGCAUAUCCGUUGCUUUCGCUAGUGCUAGAGGUUUAUCUGCAUUUUCAUUUUGUAGGCCCAAGACCUUUGGAAGAAUGGGAGUUCAAUCCUUCUUGUGUGGAUAAUGCUCUCAAAUCUAGCACAUGA